GAGAUCUGCGCGGCACACGCCAUGGCCAGCGGAUCGGCGACGGCCGCUGCGGCCCCGCCGCCAGGCCUGGCCGGAGCUGCCGAGGACGACAUCAUGGACACCGCGACCGACGAGACCGGCGCCAUGCAGGGCAUGGUGGCCUUGCAUGGGGGCGCUACCGUGGAUUCCAGCGGGGCCCUGACGAUGGCCGAGCUGGACGACAUCCAGAUCGACGAGGACGAGAUCGCUAGGACCCAGGCCGCCGCUGCUGCCGCUGGGCCCGCUACGCCGUCGCCUGGACUUCCACUGCAGCCUGCCACCGUUGCAGGCGACGCGGCUCGCGCUCUUGAUGGCGUAUUUCAGGACUACGUGGAAGAAGAGAUGCUUCGAUACUUCGAGCUGGUGCAGGCGCACAGCCUCAUUCUUCCUUCGGAGAUUCGCAAUCAGAUGGUCACGACACCUCCAACAUGGACAGACAUCGAUUACAUUAUUACCAAGUUGGCUUACAACCAUCAGGCUUCCGACCCAUGGGCUGUUUUGGGCUUCGGCCCAUUGGACGGCCCAAAGCCUCCAGAACAGGACGUCUGCCUCCGCACGAAGACUGCGAUCACACUCUGCUCCUUCGGGCAGUCCGAUAGAUGGGAGCAGGAGGGGAAGGACCGCGCAGCCGCUGCUUCUGCGACCUUUUUGCAGGCUGGCGCGAGCUGCGAGGAGAUGUUGGCAGACGUCCUCCGCGAGCGUCACCGUGUCCGACUCUCUCCUCUCCCUCGCUGGAAAGAGCUCGGCAAGUCGGCAGUGCAGGCAGUAUGGGGACUUCCUGGUUGUGCGGACGCCAUGCUGGCCACGCAGUGGUCGCAGCUGCUUGGAGACGCUGGCACCGACCAUACCCACACGAUCGCCACUCAUCGUGGAUUGGCGGCAUUGUUGGAGAAAGGCGAAAAGCACGCCUCGCUGGUCAAGCAUGUCGACCUGGUCUUGCAGCCUGUGGAGUACGUUCUUCUUGGGCGUUCGGCUCCUCGUCAUGUGCGUCAAGGCCUCGCCUGCAUUACCAUCGCCUUCGGCCUCGUCCGCUCCGCGGCCACCGUCCAUACACCCCUCACGCCGCUCUUUUCGCUGCCGGUGGUGAACUCCCUCUGGGUGGACCUCCCCACUGACAUGAUCCUCGACCUCUUGCACAAGCCCCACGUCUCGGAGGCGCGGGACUACUCAAUAUCCAUCAUCUCUCGGGGCACCACGCGAAGCCCAGGCAACACCCCGGAGAGUCCAAGCAAGGUGGAACUGCUGCUACAUGGCACCCUCUCCGACGCCACCGUUACCUUGGCCAUGCGCUUCUUGCGGCGGAGUGUGCUGUCGCAGGCCAUGCGCAUCGGGCACCGGGACCUCUACACCUUCCCAGACGCGCUUAUCUUGGAAUGCAACGGCCCGAUGGCCCUCCGCAGAGCCUGGCCUCUAUGUUCGCAGGCGCUCUUCCUGUCCACGGACCGGUGGCUCAUCUUCUCGUCGGCAUCCGUGGAGUCAUGGACAACAGUGUUGAACCAGUCUUUGUUGGAGGACGUCGAGCAUGCGAUCACCAAGAUCAAGUGGAAGGCCAGUCGAUUCGGAGGCCAGCAGUGGGUCAGCCCCUCAGCAACGCCCCCCGCCCUUGCCGCCUCCCGUCGCCGCCGGGGGCGCGCUGUGCGAGCUUCCAACUCGAUGGACCACGUCGUGGAGGUCUUCACUUCAGGCGAGACCAGGGACGCUGGCGGCAUGGUGCUUGAUAAACUCAUGACCCAUGUGAGCUCCGCCGCCGGGUUGACUCUGGAGCCGAGGCCUCCAGGGCAACACCCGUCGUCCCGAGAUGUAUCCGCUCCUCCAGGGCGCGCUCGUCUCUACCUCCGCUCCGCCGACGGGGUGCGGAAGGUCUACGCGGCCCUCCAUGGGCAGGUCCUCCAGGUCGGCACGGACCACGUGAGCAUCACCGCCCAGAACGACCUGUUGGACUCCCGCACGCUCUCGGGGGAGGGGCAGGGGCGGACCGCCUGUGCGGGCAGCCCGUUUCUCGGAGAGAUCUCCGCGGUCACUUGGAACUGCCAGGCGCCGUUUGCCUCCGACCCCAGUCGAUACAGGCGGAGAGCGCAGCAUGCCCGUCAGUUCAUGACCACGCACGACGUCGGCCUCUGGACUGAGACGCACGGCACGCAGGGCAGCGGCGACACUUGGCGCAAGCCGUCAGGAUGUACGUCUUGGAGGUCACCAGGCGCUGUGGCGGGAAGCGCCGGCUCCGGCAUCACUGUCAAGAACACCCUAAUGGAGCAGUUCACCGCACCUCACCGUUGGUGGAUUUUUCAUCACGGACGCGCCGCGGUUCUACAGCUUCGGGGUCCGCUGGGGAAUCUGGACCUCUUGGUUACCCAUUUCCACACCGGCACGGUCUACCAGCACGACAUCGACGCAGCAGGGCUGUCUGAUCUGGGUCGGACACUCUCCUGCACGGAGUUGCGGGAGGCCCUCCGACGCCGAUUCACGCACAGCAUUUCCCCGAAGGACGAGGUUCUGACCAUUCUAGGCGGCGACUCCAACUACGUCUCAGAG